GUGUAGCCGGUGGGAGGAGCCGCUUCCCUGCGAUUGUCUGUCUGCGCUCACGCCGCGCGCAAGCCGCGCAUUCCUCUAAAGUUGCGUUCUCGAGACAUACUGCGUCGCAGAGGAUUGCGCGUCGAGACAGUCACACUUGUUUCUGCCAUCAAGAUUUAUUUUGUUUCCCCUUUUGGUUUCUUUCAAGAUGACAGGAGAAAAGAAUGUUCGACAUUUAAAGCUGAUCGGUUCAAUUGAAGAUGGAAACACUGGAGUCCGAGCUGACGUGUCCAAUCUGCCUGGAGUUGUUUGAGGACCCCCUCCUGCUGCCCUGCGCCCACAGCCUGUGCUUCAACUGCGCCCACCGCAUCCUGGUCUCGCACUGCUCCAGCACCAAGCCUCUCGAGUCCAUCUCUGCCUUCCAGUGCCCCACCUGCCGCUACGUCAUCACGCUGAAUCAGCGCGGCCUGGAGGGCCUGAAGCGCAAUGUGACGCUGCAGAACAUCAUUGACCGCUUCCAGAAGGCCUCCGUCAGCGGGCCCAACUCCCCCAACGAGAGUCGCCGGCCGCGACCCUACAGCACCACGCUCGGCGGGAGCGCGAGGGGCAGCCCCGCCAGCAGCGCCAUGUCCCUCGAGCGUGUCGGUUGCCAGUUCUGCGAUCAGGAGCCCCCGCGGGAGGCGGUCAAAACUUGUGUGACGUGCGAGGUGUCGUACUGUGACCGCUGCCUGCGGGCCACGCACCCCAAUAAGAAGCCCUUCACCAGCCAUCGUCUGGUGGAGCCGGUGGCGGACGCUCAGCUGCGUGGGCUGGCCUGCCUGGAGCAUGAGAACGAGAAGGUGAACAUGUAUUGCGUGGUGGACGACCAGCUGAUCUGCGCUCUCUGCAAGCUGGUGGGACGGCACCGUGAGCAUCAGGUCACCUCACUUAGCGAACGCUUCGACAAGCUCAAGGCUUUUCAAGUGAGCCCUGCCAGAGUUUCUGAAGCGGUUAUGGAGGCAUCAAAGACAAGUGCCACGGUGAGUCACUGGCUCUGUUCAUCUCGUUCAUGUCUUUCUCUCCUUUCUCACCAGAUGGCCAAACUCAUCCAGAUUUGUCAACAGGUGGAGGUGAACACAGCCAUGCAUGAAGCCAAGCUGGUAGAGGAGUGUGAUGAAUUGGUGGAGAUAAUUCGCCAGAGGAAACAGGUCAUUGCUGUCAAGAUCAAAGAGUCCAAGGUGAUGAAGUUGAGGAAGUUGGCCCAGCAGAUUGCGAACUGCAGACAGUGUUUGGAGCGCUCGAGUGCCCUCAUCACACAGGCUGAGCACAGCUUGAAGGAGAACGACCAUGCCCGCUUCCUCCAGACGGCCAGGAAUGUGGCUGAGAGAGUUGCCAUGGCCACCGCCUCCUCCCAGGUCCUCAUCCCAGACGUCAAUCUGAACGAGGCUUUUGACAAUUUUGCCCUUGAUUUCUCCAGAGAAAAGAAAAUUCUGGAAGGACUGGAUUAUUUGACAGCACCCAACCCUCCGUCUAUACGUGAAGAGCUCUGCACGGCCUCGCAUGACACCGUAACAGUGCACUGGACCUCUGAAGAUGAAUUCAGCGUCACCUCCUAUGAGCUUCAGUACACCAUCUACACUGGCCAGACCAACUUCAUCAGUCUGUAUAACUCUGUAGAUAGCUGGAUGAUCGUGCCCAAUAUCAAGCAGAAUCACUACACAGUCCACGGCCUGCAGAGCGGCACACGUUACAUCUUUUUCGUCAAGGCUAUCAACCAGGCAGGCAGCAGAAACAGUGAACCUGCUCGCCUCAAAACCAAUAGUCAACCUUUCAAACUGGACCCCAAAACAUCCCACAAGAAGCUGCGCCUUUCCAAUGACUGUCUGACCAUGGAGAAGGAUGAAAGCUCCCUGAAGAAGAGUCACACUCCAGAACGCUUCAGCGGAACCGGAUCCUACGGUGCUGCUGGCAACGUCUUCAUCGACAGUGGCUGCCAUUAUUGGGAGGUUUUACUGGGAGCAUCCACAUGGUACGCUCUUGGUGUGGCUUACAAGUCAGCACCCAAAAACGAAUGGAGCGGUAAAAACUCAUCGUCUUGGGUUUUCUCACGCUGCAACAACAAUUUCCUGGUUCGGCACAACAACAAGGAGUCGAUCGUGGAGGCGUCGCUACAGCUGCGCAGGGUCGGGGUGCUGCUGGACUACGACAACAACGCCCUGUCCUUCUACGACGCCAUGAACUCCCAGCACAUAUACACUUUUGACGUUUCCUUCCUGCUUCCAGUGGCUCCCACCUUCAUGAUCUGGAACAAGUCAUUGAUGAUCAUGUCAGGGCUGCCCGUGCCUGACUUCGUGGACUGUAGCGAGCAGCAAGAGGGCAUCUGCCGCCAACAGGAUUCGCCCUAUGUGUCUGGAGUGAAGAGCUGCCACUGAUGCAUCAUAGGAGUUAUUGCAGAAAGUUCCCUUGCCCUUCUUCUUUUCCUGGUUUUCAUAACUGGGCUGAAGUUGGAUCUUUAGUUGUUCCUGAUAGUUCUGAGUGUUUAGCGAGUGGAUUAAGAGCUCUCAGAUUUAAACAGCUGAAAUGGGGGAAAUUGUAAAUUAUUUAUGACUAAACAUUUGCUUUUUUGUCAGUUUUAAUGUAUCCCUAAAAGCACUUUUUAGAGUUGAAUUUGUUGUGAUUAAAAAAAAAGACUUGCUAACAUGAGACAGGGUUGGACUUCCUUUUGGACUGAAUAUAGUGGAUUAUGUUAGGAUGACAAUUUGGUGUUUCUAAUAAGGGUUACAUUUAUAAUCUGAUGGGUCUAUAACACACAUUUCAUAUUCAGGGAGAAAAGAUGAUUCUUUGGUUUAAAAUAUGUCUGAAGAUGAUGGCAUGAUAUGUAUUUCCUCUGUGAUUUGUUCUCACUCAGUUUCUCAGUUUCUGGUUUUGUUUUUAGUGAACAGCAUGAGGCACAAGUUCCCCAGGUGUUUUUAACAUGUAUCUUUAAUAGUUGAUAUAUAAUGUAUCACAAAACCUCAUCUGUGGAGGUGUUCGUCCAUUGACACUCAUUCAAACGCCAUCAAGAACUGAAUUUCAAGACUAUAGUCUAUAUUUAUCUGAUCCAUCCAUUCAAAAUUAUUUGAAAGAUUGACAAAACAUCCAUUUAACAUUCAAAUGUGCAUCCAAAGCAAAUCCAGUGUAGUAGUUUCAUUUUCUUAACGGCUGUAUUGAAUCUUACACGAUCUUCCGCAGUGUGACGUUCAGGGCUAAAAUAAGGACACCCAGUCUUGGGAUAAAGACAAUCACUUGUGCUAGUGCAGGCAAA